UAUUAUGGAAACUUCUAGGAACUCUAAGUAAUCAAAACCAGCUUAUGUUAUGUGUCACGCUGCUAUAUCAAAUACACACUAUAUUCGACAAUACGAUGUUCGUGGAAAAUGUUAUCAACACAUAUCUUACCCACGAAAAUAUAAACGUACUAGCUAUCAAACAAUUUUUCCUCUUGUGGCAUCUUGGGAGAGACCUGAACAUUAAAACGUCUCCAAAUAAACCACAUAUAAGAAAUUUUGACAGAUCACUUUUAAAAAUCUUGGAUAACCUCCAAAACAAAGAAACUCCAAACCUACAGCUAAUAUCAGAAUCGUUUUUAACCCACAGUCUACUACACAACGAUAUCGCUAGAAUAAUAAAUCCUAUAUUAUUGAAACUACUAGCCUCCAAUACCGCAAGAGUUUCAAUACGUCACGUCAAUAUAGCAGAUUCAGAUUCCCAAAGCGAUAUAACCAAAGACGAACACACCAGGAUGGAAAAUAUCCAAUCAAAGAAGAUAUACGCCGUCAGCAAUGUCAACGGUAACAUAAUGUACCACGUAACAGACAGUCCUAGCCCAAGACCCUCCAAAAAACGAUGGUUUACAUUCUCAAAAGCUGGUAAAAGGUAUUCCUCUUCUGUGAUAAAUAUGACCACGAGUAUUAAUGAAGACUCCAAUAAUGUUGUAACUAGAAAAAAUAGGGAUUUUAAAGGAGUAACCAAUUCUCCUAAAUCCGAAAAGACUCCUAAAAAUGUAAAGUUAAUUAUCAAUCCUUUAAGCUCCAAAGAAAUCUAUCCAACUGGUUUGGAUGGUUCUUACACGAAAAGAGACUCAAACUCCUCACUUGAAAGUAUAUCAUCUAGUAAUGAUCUAAGUCCUACAAGUUAUGAUGAUUCUUUGAGUAAAUGCUACACACCGGAACGUUUAACGAACGGUGAAAGAGACUCUGGUUUCGAUAGCCUCAAAAACAAAAGUAGUUUAGAAUUGUCGAACGACAGAGAAUAUAGAGCUAGGCUAAUAUUAGAAAGUAUCGAGCCAAUUGCAGAUGGAGUGAUGGUGGAGGCUGUUAACGACGGUGUGACUGUGGCAAAAAUUCCGAAAUCUCAAAGCUUCGAUGAACAAAUUAAUGUCGCAAAAACGACAGAUAUGGAAAGUACUCUUGUGCAAAGUUGGUCCUACUGUAUAUCCGAUUCGGAUAAUCUACAUGCAAGCUGUGAAUUGGAAAUUAGCAAAAGUGCUGAAGAUUUUUUCAGAAAAAACGAAGAAAAAAUCAUAGUUGGUGAGAUAUUAAACGAAAUUAUCGACAGGGUAUGUUCCGAGGAUAUCGAUGAUAUAGAUGGUGGGGCUAUUCGACCUACAGAUUUAGAUUUAAGGUGCAAAAUGAAUCAACAAACACCAAAAAACGUUGCACUAUAUCCAAUUCACUCGCAUCUAUGUUUGUAUUACGAAAUUUUCGAUUCAAACCAAAUAAUCUACGGUCUACAAACUUUGAAAAACUGCAUCAAUUCCAAUCCCCAACUGUUUAUUAAAUGUCUGGCAACUAGUGGGAUCAAGGAUCUUAAAAGUAACGAAAUAUUAAAUCUGCUUGCAAGACACCGGAAAUCCCUCCUGGGUUAUGGAUUUGCUGGAGAACUCAGUAACGACUAUGUAAAUUUCUACAGAGGAUACAUGUUCCUGGAUGUAAUUAUUUUAAUAUGUCUGAACUAUUCAAGAACAUUCUUCCCUUUUUUAGAAGAUUCUUCGUUAAUAACUGAAGAAAUGAACAACAAUCUAAAGAUUCAACUCGAAAGUUUAGAUAUUUUAAAUAUUAUAAUGAAGAAAUUGAUUAUAAUGGUAGCGGAAAACUCGAAGGGAUUUUCAAGCUAUAUAGCUGAUCUAUUAGUCAAAUGCAAGCUUCAAAAGAUUCUUUUGAAUUGUUUACUAAUAUCAGUGAGAAACUUCGACGAAGAAAUGACGUUCGCUGAAGAAAUUUUAGCUUAUAAUAACUUUCAGCUUUGUGAUAACAACAAUAGAAUUGGGGAACAUGUAGAAGCCUACCAGCUACAAAUAUUACGGUUGAUCAACUCUUUAAUUAUACUUGAACAUAAAGUUUUCUCUCGUAAAGGAGCGGGUGAGUCUUCAACAAAUGGUGAAGCUUUAAAUUCGUCAAUAGUAUUGAUACCGCAGCAACAAAUUUUCCUGUCAGCAGUGAUGAGUGCUCUGCGACAACAAAGUAUCAAAUAUCUUCAUGAAAAUUGGUUGUACAUGAUAACCUCGUGUCUUCCUUACUUCGGAGAUAACCUGAAGCAAAUUUCCAUUAGUGUAAUUCAUCAGAUCUGCGAUAAUGUGGAAAAGAUUGCAACAAAUUAUAACAUGCCCGAAUUAGAGAACGAGUUAUGUUCAGAUUAUGCAGUAACCCAACUAGAAGCUCUAACAAUGCUUUGCCAUUAUUGCCUCUUAGAUUCCUCCCAAACAGUCAACCAAAAUGUACCCACAAACUCGACUACGCCCUUAACGAAUCCAGGAGAAAUUAUCAACAACUUGUUUAACGUAUUUUUCUCGCCUUUGGGCAGUGACAUAAACUUUUCUUCGAAACAAAACUCGGAUCACUACCAAAGUGCGCGAAAAACUAUACUUAGUCAUAUGCCUAGGAUAAUCUCUAGUGUUGCCAAGCUUUGGCAAACUAUAGUCAAUUUGGAAAACGAUUAUAACGGAGUAUAUGGCAAUUCUAAAAUUGUUAAGCAACAGCUACUAGAAUUUUUAAGUCCUAUUUCUGUGCAUCACAGUACUAGUUUCUUAGCAGCGAUUUCAGUGGCUUGGUAUGAGCGGAGAAAUCCAUUUAGUAGUGUUAAAACGGUGCUUCCUGAGCCAAAUGCUAGCCAAAAUAACUUAGUGUAUUUAAUUUUGGCUAUUAGAGUCAUUCCAUUAGAUAAUUUAGUACAAACCGUAACGGCUGUGAUAAAAAACCCUCCUCCCACUGAAGGUCUCAGUCAAGACAUUUGUUUGGAUGUUUCCGUUCUCGAAUUAUUUUAUUGUUAUAUGCGUAACGCUUCUUCCACUCAGUUAUUUGAGGCGUGGGGCUCUCUUCUUGCUCUAAUUAGAGAAGGCUGCUCAUUAGCCCCAUCCGCCCAAUUUUUGUUAGCCGCAAUUCUUCAUGAAAUUAUGAUCAAGUGUUGUCCAUUGGAAGAGAAAAAGGAUCAGAAAGAUUUACAAGAUGUGACCGCGAAGUUAAUUGAUUGUGUCUCUCAAGUCUGCGGUUCCUGUUUGGAACAAACGACGUGGCUAAGAAGAAACUUUGCCGUAAAGGAACAAGAUGAAGAUUCGACGCCGGAUUCUAAUAUUAUAAGCGAUACAUUUGUAAAUUCUAACCACAAUGUACAAGCACAGUUGCUUCUCUCAGAAAUUCUGGCACCUAUCUUAGAUAUCUGCUUCGGAUCCUCAGAAAAGGACAAAGUUAACAACAUACUAAUAUCACUUAUGUGCAAUAUAGUACCUUAUUUAAAAACUCACUCUGUAAAAAAUAUGCCGAGUUUUGGAGCUUGUUCAAAAUUACUAUCUAGUCUUAGCAGUUAUCAGUAUACAAGGAAAGCAUGGAAAAAGGACGUUUUUGAUCUCCUCCUAGACAACACACUUUUUCAAAUGGAAUAUAGUUGUAUGAAGUAUUGGAGGAUAAUCGUUGACAAUUUAAUGACACAUGAUAACACAACUUUUAGAGAUCUAAUGAACAGAGUAUCAAUGAAUCAAAGUGGAAGUUUAAAUAUAUUCUCCUCGAGAGAACAGGAAUAUGAACAGAAAGCACAAUUAUUGAAACGAUUAGCUUAUGUUAUAUUUUGUAGUGAGAUGGAUCAAUAUGCCAAAUAUAUGCCAGAUAUCCAAGAACAAUUGACGAGCAGCUUGAGGUUAAGCGUUCCGGGAGUGCAAGCGCAAGUUUUUAUGUGCUUUAGAGUAAUUUUAAUUAGAAUGAGUCCAUUACACGUUACUUCUCUAUGGCCGAUAAUUAUUAGCGAGAUGCUUCAAGUAUUUCUUCAAAUCGAGCAGGAGUUAUCUACAGAUACAGAAGAAUUCAGGUCCAACAACAGCUGGGCAACCAACAGUAGCAAUGGACUCCACGCAUUAGGGCACCCUCAUUGGCUGCGGUUGCAGUUGGCAACGGCUAAGCUGCUGGAUUUAGCGCUCCUUCUGCCUGCUACGACUCUUCCACAAUUUCAAAUGUACCGCUGGGCGUUCGUUGGAGAUGACCUGAACAAGAAAACUAACAGCCAGUUUAACCAAAUACCCUUUUUACCCCACGUUGUGAGAAUAGCGGAAUUGAUGGACAAGAAAUACCCCGAGACCCACAUAGAUUAUUUGCCUAUGAACAGGAAUGAGCUGCUCCUCACGAUGAACAGCAUUACACAACUGAAAGACCUUCACGGUUUCUUCAAAACACUGAGAACGUGCUCAGAUAGACACAGAACCGACUGCAGCAAAUUCUCAGCUACGGAUCAUUUGUACAAUAGUGAGAGACAGCACGAUAAACAUUUAGAAUCCGUCUUGGAAAAGAUCGAUAAGGUUGUAGAAAUGGAUUUUCUUGAUAGAAUCCCCAGAUAAAAUAUUUUUCAUUGAUGUAUUAGCGUAGACUGGAAAAUACAUGAGAAAAGGCUGAAAAUGUUUGGGGAGAGAUGUAUUUACUUUCCUAAUGUAUAUUUUUAACUAAGGUGUAUAUUUUAACUAAAAGGAGUCUCUAUACUGUAUAUACACUAAGUUAU